AUGGAUGAGGAAUUGAAGUGUCCAGUUUGCAGGAGAUGGUAUUCUAAACCAUUACUUUUACCCUGUUCUCAUUCAAUCUGCACUGCUUGUGCCGUGGCUGGUCAGGAACCGUCGCAGAGCUUGGUGCCACAACAUGGCGGAAGUGUUGCAGACGACCAGGUAUCAAAUUCUGGUCAGGGAAAUUCUGACAGUGACAGUCUGCCGGAAAUUGAUAAAUUGAGCAUGGUCAGUGAGGCAGAUAGUGGGGUAGUGUGCAAUAGCAGGCCUGGAAGUUAUCUGGGUACCCCUAAUGUCUCAAAUAUUUACAAUGUGUCGAAUUUACAAAGUUGUCCAUAUGGACUAAGAUGUCCAAUGUGCAGUAAAAUUGUACUGUUGGAUGAUUUUGGAGCUCUAUCACUGCCUAUUAACAAAGUUUUAGAAGCCAUCAUUGAAAAAUAUACUCAUCCUAAGGAAACUAAAAAGGUACACAUUCGUUGUGAACUGUGUAUUAAUGAGGCAGAAAUAGCUACAACAAUGUGUGAACAGUGUGAAGUAUUUUAUUGUGACACAUGCCGUGAUGGAUGUCAUCCAGCACGUGGAUCUUUAGCUAAACAUAAUCUUGUGGACCCCACUCAGGGACAGAAUAUUAUAGAAUCUAAAAAGAAAAGAAAAGAAGUUAAAUGUAAAGAACAUUCUGAAGAGGUUUUAAAUAUGUUUUGUGUUGGAUGUAAAUUACCUGUUUGUUAUGUCUGUUCUCAAGAUGGACGUCACAUCAAUCAUGAUGUCCAAUCUUUAGUUUCAAUCUGUAAACAACAAAAGAAUGAACUAUCCCAGAAUUUACAAUCUUUAUCAGAAAAAGCCAAAUCAGGAACAGAAUUUAUACAGAGAUUAAAAACAAUGGCUGAAAAAAUAAAUGGUAACUGCAGUGAAUUUGAAGCUACAGUCAUUGCUCAAUGUGAUGCUCUAAUUGAAAGAAUAAAACUACGUAAAGUUGAACUAUUGGCUAGUGUAAAAGAAGAAAAGGACAUGAAGACAGUGACUAUGAAAGAACAAGUGUCUGAUUGUACAAGUCUACUACAGCGUACAACUGGAUUGUUACAGUUUUGUAUCGAAGUUUUAAAAGAGAGCAACCAAUCAUCUUUUCUACAGAUCUCAAGUGGAUUAAUCUAUCGUGUGUCGGAAGCUAAGAGAAAUUUUAAUAAAGAAAUGGAAUUUGCACCCAGAAUUUCACCAGAAUUUGAAAUGACACUAGACAAUAAACCCAGUCUAAGAGCCAUAGAAAAUAUGAACUUUUUCCAAAUGAAAGCACCAGGAGAACCAUAUAUUCUACCAGAAGAAUGUAGUGCUGAGAAUAACAGUGUCACUAUUGUAUGGCAGCCAUUUUGUAAUACAACUGUCGUAGAAGCCUAUACUUUAGAAUUAGAUGAUGGAAAUGGUGGCGAUUUUAGGGUAGUAUAUGUGGGAAGAGAAACUAUUUGUACUGUGGAUGGACUUCAUUUUAACAGUAUUUACAAUGCCAGGGUUAAAGGUCACAAUCAUGCUGGAGAGAGUCCAUACAGUGAAAUUGUCUCACUACAAACUGCUGAAGUGGCUUGGUUUACAUUUGAUCCUGUAACCACACAUCAAGAUAUAAUAUUUGCCAACAAUAAUCAAAGUAUAACGUGUAAUAGUUUUGAUCAUCGAGUGGCUCUGGGAAAUGUGGGUUUUUCUAAAGGUGUUCAUUACUGGGAGAUUAGAAUUGAUCGUUAUGACAGUCAUACAGAUCCUUCUAUUGGUAUAGCUAGAUUUGAUGUAGAUAAAAACACUAUGUUAGGUAAAGAUGACAAGGCGUGGAGUAUGUAUAUUGAUAAUCAGAGAAGUUGGUUUAUAAAUCAUGAUGAACAUACAAAUCGUACUGACGGAGGAAUUCAACCCAGUGAUACGAUUGGUCUAUUACUUGAUCUCAACCAUCAUACUCUCAGUUACUUUAUAAACGACCAUCCUCAUGGACCAAUAGCAUUCACCGAUUUACACGGAGUUUUUUUCCCAGCAGUCAGUAUCAAUCGUAAUGUACAAGUGACUUUACGAUCUGGACUAGAACCUCCAGUUGAUAGUGAGGUUGGUGAGAGUGACGUAGAUUAGUGUUUCUAUUUAUAGAUUAUCUAUUUUCUUUAUUUAUUCUCUUUACAAAUAAUAAACUUCAUAAAUG